AAUCUCGUUUGGGGUUUGGCAAAAACGGCGAGACGGGACAAUAUUUUUGUCCCAAACGUGUUUCCGUACGCUCUCAGCUCGCCUCAUGAAAUCACCAGGGAAAAUGGCCGGGGCUGGAAAGAAAAGCGAAGCAGGAUCUCCCGGCGUUGCGGGAUGGAUUAGCUCUGCAUAUCGAUUUGCCACCGACAGAAAUGAUUUCAGAAGGAAUCUUCUCGUGAAUCUCGGCUUGUUUGCAGCAGGAGUUUGGGUGGCAAGGAAUUUGUCAGACUUUGACCUGAUGGCACCCCAACCAGUCACAUAGUCCCAGUCAAAUCCCGCAGGUAAAAAUAAAUAAAGGAGCAGAGGACCAAUUUCUUCUAAACAGGAAUGAAGUUUUCUACUAGAUGCAAUGACAGGAUAGGAUCAAUAGACAUUGAAGAGCAAACAACCAAUAAAACAUCGUUAAAGCUCAUAUACAAAAUAAAAAUAAAAAAUAAAAAAUGAACAGUUGACUUUGUUACAAAUGUCAAACUUUAUUUAGUAUAAAUAUUGUCAUGUUUAAUUUAAAGUUCACAUUCAAUGCCAUGUUAGCAGAUUUAGUCAUACAAGAUGACUAAAUAAAAGUUACAAAUACUUAAUAAAAAUAUUUAAACAUUC